AUUCUUCAUGUGAGCAUUUCAGAAAGGAGGAAUUGGGCCCGACUGAACCAGCUGCUCAUGACCUCAUCGCUGACUGCUUGUGCAGAGUGUAAGAGCUGCUCUGUGUCUGCACUCUGAUGCGUAUGAAAUAGCCUCCUCAACACUCAGCUAAGCAAUACUGGGCACAUGAAAUCCCUGAAGUUUGUCUCUCUUAUAGCACUUUAAGUAAAAAUAAACUGUCUCCAUUGGACAAGCAGCGUGCUUUGUCAUCACGCGUGUGAAACUGACGCAUUUGUGAUGGUCUGGCUGUUCACAUUUAUACGUUUACAGGGGAAGCUUUGGGGAAGUUCUGAGCUGAGUUUCGAAUCUGAGCCAUUUUCCUUUGUGUUUUUGUUUGAACUUAUUUUGCCGUUUGAGCAGUUUUCUGGUAUGGGGGGCGGAGGUCAGGGGCGUGGGCCUGAUAUUUGGGGGUGUGUCUGGUCUGCUGAGGGAGGUGGGAAGCGCUGACGAGCGACGGCAAGGCGUCGGCUCGGCCACUUCCUGCUCUGUCACUCUGAGCUCAGCGCCUUAGCGAGCGGCACCGAUUGGCUACACCCUGGAGGGCACGUAUCCCAGGGUCCUCUGGCGCACGCAGCCCGAUCGCCAGGCCAUGGGGGGCAGGCAGGAGCUCCAGCACAGGACGCGUACAUCCAGACUCCUCAGCUUUAACCCCCGGAUGAGAAGGACCAGGCUCCAGAAGCGACCCCCCCGCUUUCCCUUCAGUGUGCGGGCCAGGCUCGCCCCCACCCUCAGCGCCAGGGACCCCAGCCCCACCGAGAUGAACGUGGAGCCCUGGGCCGGCCCCCAAGACCAGUCCUCCGCUGAGCACGCAUCGGCCCCCGAGCGCCCUGACGAGCUGUGCCUGGACUCCUUCUGGAGCGAAGUGGAGCGCAUCCGCCAGGGGAGCGGCGACAGCGAGCCAGAGGCCGGCCGCCGCGACUCCCGCCAGUCUGAGGACGGGGAGCAGGAGGAGCAGUGGCUGCAGGAGGCGGGGCUGUCUCCCCUGAUCAGUGAGGACAGCGCGGACGUGGAGAGCGCCGUUCUGCUGUCCACCCUGACGCGCACGCAGGCCGCCGCCGUGCAGAGGCGCCUGGACUCCUACACCUCCUCCCUGCGCAAGAGGAACAAGCCGCCCCCCCGCGACGUCCGCGACAUCUUCACACAGACGACUCUGCCCGAAUCCCAGGACUACGAGCAGCUGGCCCCACAGAGCAGCAUGGAGACCGCGCGGAAGACAGGGAGCACGGAUCAGCAGGGCAGGACGCUGAAGGAGGAGAUCUUCAUCACGGACGUGGCGUACUGCGAGCAGGCCGUCAUCCUGCUCAAGCAGGCCGAGCUGCCGCAGAACCACGGCCGCCGCAAGAGGGACGACGGGACUCUGCCUAGGGUGGUGUCCCCGCAGUGCCGGCUGGGUGUGACCCGGGUCGAGGACCUGUCUCAGCAGGACAUGAAGAAGGUGAGGCAGCUGGCUCUCAUCGACAUGACGGCCCUGUGUGACCUGCUGGAGCUCGACGUGAAAAGACAGAAGACCUGCAAGAGAAAGAUCCCAGAUAGUGCUCUUUUUGGGGUUCCCCUGGCCAUGCUGCUGGAGAACGAUCAGAAGAUCAAGGCCAGCACCCCUGUUCCUCUCAUCCUGCAGGCACUCCUGUCUUUCCUGGAGAAAAAGGGUAUUGACUCUGAGGGUAUCUUGCGAGUUCCAGGAUCCCAGACCAGGAUAAAGGUGCUGCAGCAGAAGCUGGAGAACACCUUCUACAGCGGCGGCUUCAGCUGGGACGAGGUCAGCCCAAACGACGCCGCCGCGCUCCUCAAGAAGUUCAUCCGCGAGCUGCCGUCCCCGCUGCUGACCGCCGAGCACCUCAGCGCCUUCAGCGCGGUCCGCGACAUUCCAGAGCUGAAACAGAAGCUGCACGUGCUGAACCUGCUGGUCCUCCUGCUGCCAGAGACGAACAGGAACACCCUGAAGGUGCUGCUGGAGUUCCUGAGUAAGGUGGUGUCGCGCGAGCGGAGGAACCGGAUGAACCUGUGGGCCGUCUCCACCAUCAUGGCGCCCAACCUGUUCCUGCACAAGGCGCUGCCCAGCCGGCUGACGGACGGGGUGGAGCGCGGCCAGGCGGAGAGAGCCGCCGACAUCAUGAGGCUCCUGAUCCGCUACCAGGACCUGCUGUGGACCAUCCCCAACUUCCUGAUGAGCCAGGUGCGCAAGCUGAACGAGACCAGCAGCCGCCGCUACCAGUUCUACGACAAGCGCAUCAAGAACCUGCUGAGGAAGAUCCACGCGGACAGCAGGGACAAGCCCGACAAGAACGCGUCCGAGCCCUGCCGCACGGUGAAGGUCCAGGUGGGCGGGGUCCUCAGCAGCUCCAUGGAGGUGCGGCUCAACGUCAACUCCCGCGCCUCCGACCUGCUGGCCCGCGUGCAGCAGGAGCUGUGCGCCUCCGACAACGGCAAGGGCCCGCUGAGGAGAAACGGCUCUGUUGCCCUUCCUGACUGUGCUGUUUACGAAGUGGGUGGAAACAUCGGGGAGCACUGCCUGGACCCCGAAACGCACCUCCUGGACCUGAACAACACCAACCCCGGUGGGGAGUGGGUCAUCCGGCUUAAACCUCCCAACAGCAGGGGGCUCUAGAGAGCAAGGAGACUUCCCGCUCCGCCCCCACCCCCCUGGGACCUGUCACCGGGACGUUUGACACGCCCCCCCCCACCCCCCUCACCUCCCGGGGAGCAUUCAGCUGGCCUUGUUGCUCUGGGGCAAAUGAGGGGGGGGGUGGGGUCAUUUUUUGGGGCGGAAAAGGUCUCUGUCAAACACAAGGGAGCAGAACUCAGACGGGCUCCGCACAUCCCUGACCAGCUUCUUCAGUCUGUUAGAGCAGACAGCUCUUUACCCUCAUACACACACCCUUACACGUGUGCACACACACACACACACACACACACACACACCCUUACACACACACACACACACAAACACACACCCUUACACACACACACACACACACACAAACACACACCCUUACACACACACACACAAACACACACCCUUACACACAACACACACACACACACAAACACACACCUACACACACACACACACACACACACACACACACACACACACAUACAUCCUUACACACACACACACUAACUCACCAUACACACAGAACGGCUGACUUAUGGGGACCUGACGGACAGACCGGUGUGUUGACCUCAGCACUUAAUGUCAUCCUUGGAGGGACGCGCCUCUUUACAGGGACCUGACCCGAGGAAGCUGGCCUUCCUCCCCCUCCUUCAGUUUUUGCCGUCUGAAGGACUGAAGAGCAAACGUGCUGGGAUGCUGCGUUGAGCAAUGCGCUGUAUAUGGCUGAAUCCUCGUGGUCAUGCGCGUUUUUGCUAAUGAAACUAGAGCGAUUUGUGAAGACUCACCUUGCUUUGCAGAGCACGUUUUAUUUUAGACAUCGCUCUGCAUAUCUUUUUGUAUAUUACUCAGAAAAAACUUUCAGAGUUUCAUCAUGAUGCAUUUUAAUUAAUGUUGCAACUACAUAUAUAAAUGUACAAUUUCUGAAGUAAGCAA